AUGAAUGACCUUAUUCCUCUGGUAAAUAAGCUUCAAGACGUUUUCAAUACAAUCGGUAGUGAAACUGUGGAUCUGCCACAGAUCAUUGUAGUAGGCUCACAAUCUUCUGGAAAAUCCUCGGUUCUUGAAAAUAUUGUCCAACGUGAUUUUCUACCGCGAGGGAAUGGAAUCAUUACUCGUCGUCCGUUGGUUCUUCAGCUUGUAAACAUACCACAGUCGGACGACUCCACGACACAAGAAUAUGGCGAAUUCCUACACGCGCCUGCUCAAAAAUUUACUGAUUUUGUGGAGAUUAGGAAAGAGAUAGAAGCCGAAACAGCAAGAGUCGCCGGGCAGAAUAAAGGGAUUUCAAAAUCGCCUAUUCAUCUGAAGAUAUUCUCGCCCAAAGUAUUGAACUUGACGCUAGUUGAUUUGCCUGGAUUGACGAAGAUUCCUGUUGGCGAUCAACCAACGGACAUUGAAAAACAAACGAGGAAUUUGAUUCUUGAUUAUAUAACAAAGCCCAAUAGUAUAAUCCUGGCUGUUAGUCCGGCAAAUGUAGAUCUGGUCAAUUCCGAAAGUUUAAAACUUGCGAAACAAGUUGACGCAGAAGGUCGGCGAACUAUUGGCGUCUUGACUAAAUUAGAUUUAAUGGAUGCUGGCACCAACGCACUUGAUAUUCUCACCGGACGUGUCUAUCCGCUUAAACUCGGAUUUAUUGGCGUUGUCAACCGUAGUCAACAUGACAUUUCCACCAAUAAACCAAUGGCAGAAGCAUUGAAGGCAGAAGUAGAGUUUUUCAAACAUCAUCCUGCGUAUCGGAGCAUUUCUUCGAGAUGUGGAACGCCCUUUCUGGCUAAGACUUUGAACAUCAUUCUCAUGAAUCAUAUUCGAGAAAGAUUACCUGAUAUGAAGGCACGGAUUAAUGCUCUUAUUGCACAAACUCAACAAGAGCUUUCAUCGUAUGGAGAUGGGGCACUCACUGGCAAAGCUCAAAAGGCUGCUCUGAUAUUAAAACUUCUCAACAAAUUCGCACUUGAUUUUAUGGCAUCCAUUGACGGCACUGCAGAAGAAAUAUCAACCAAAGAAUUGUCAGGUGGUGCACGAAUAUAUUAUAUUUUCAAUAACGUUUUUGGCGCUGCUUUAGAAUCUAUUCAACCUGGCUACAAUUUGAGUAUACAAGAUAUAAGGACAGCUAUACGCAAUUCUACUGGCCCGCGACCGUUUCUCUUUGUUCCAGAAAUAGCGUUCGAUUUAUUGGUUAGGCCACAAAUACAACUGCUAGAACCGCCAAGCCUUCGAUGCGUUGAACUUGUUUACGAGGAAUUGAUAAAAAUAUGUCAUCACUGUGGAAGUAAGGAGCUUAACCAAUAUCCGAAACUACAUGCUAAACUUCUUGAAGUAGUCUCUGACUUAUUACGCGAACGAUUACCCCCGACAGCGGAAUAUGUUGAGAGUCUUGUUGCCAUUCAACGAGCAUACAUCAACACUAAUCAUCCUGAUUUCAUUGGUGGAGGUGGGGCUAUAUCUGAUAUAGUCAAACAGAAUGAAAAAAAAAGAAGGGAUGUCGAGAAACACCAGAGACGGACAGCUAACAUGAGCAAUGCGUCACACCAUGAAAAAGCGACCAACGGCCUAACAACGAAAGAUGAUGCUCUUGAGACUUCUUCAAAUUCGGAUAGUUAUACAGAUAGCCAUAUGCGAGAUUAUAGCAUGAACGGGAUAUCACCCACAUCGGGUUCAAAUUCAUGGUCUCAACGUGAAAGUUUUCUUACGUACUUUUUUGGAAGUGGCAACAAAGCAGAUCGUACUGUGCUACCUGAUCAGGGAAGCAGUGGCCGAUCUAGUGUAUAUUCUAAGGCCAUACCUAUGGAUAUGGAUGAAUUGGAGAAGAAGUUUGAUAGUACGUUGCUAUCCGAUGAAAAUUCCAAUCUAACCGAGCGGGAACAAAUGGAAGCGCAGCUUAUACGCUCCUUGAUUACAUCAUAUUUCAAUAUUGUUCGGAAGACAAUUCAAGAUUUAGUGCCUAAAUCCAUCAUGCAUCUUCUUGUAAAUUAUUCACGUGAAGCUGUCCAGAAUCGCUUAGUGUCAGAAUUGUAUAAGGAGGAAUUGUUCUCUGAUCUGUUGCAGGAGGAUGAGAAUCUUGCAAACGAGAGACAGAAAUGUAAAACCAUGCUUGAUGUGUAUAAAAAGGCAUUUGAGAUAAUUAACGAGGCCAUGUAG